GUUUGUUGGUGCGUGAUUGAAACUUGGCAUGCGGUGUAUUUAUUUAAGUUUUAAUUAAUUAAAUAGUCUCCGAUUAGAAGAAAUUAUUAGUGGCCAUGAAACCUCAGUAAGUGUAAAUAAUUAUUGAUCAUAAAAAUGGUAGAAUCGUGACAUAUUUUGUGACGUGUUUAUAUCUGUAAUAAUCAUGAUCGUUUAACUCGUGUAGUUUGUUUCGCAAAUUACGUGUAACAGUGAUAAAACGAUGUCGGGACACAGUAUCCACGAUGAGGCAGAUGCCGACCGAGCCCAGAUGAUGAAGAAGAUCUUCAGUGCAGUGUUUUAUGCACUUGCCUCUUUCAUGAUAACUGUGGUGAAUAAAACAGUGCUAACAACUUACGAGUUUCCCUCAUACCAAGCAUUGGGUCUGGGACAGAUGGUGGCUACGAUAUCAGUGUUGUGGUGUGGCCGAUACAUGUCUGUAGUGCAUUUUCCUCCUCUGGAUAGUGGUAUAGCGCGGCGUAUUUGGCCUCUGCCACUCAUCUACUUGGGCAACAUGGCUACAGGCUUAGGUGGAACCAAAGAACUCAGCCUGCCAAUGUUCACAGCUCUUCGCAGAUUCAGUAUUUUGAUGACUAUGCUUGGUGAAAGAUUUGUACUUGGAGUGCGAGCAUCCUGGCCAGUGCAAGCCAGUGUGUUGGCCAUGGUUGGCGGCGCCCUACUAGCAGCUGCCGACGAUGUGACUUUCUCAAUUUCGGGCUACACUUUUGUAUUACUUAAUGAUGCAUUUACUGCUGCUAACGGUGUUUACAUGAAGAAAAAGCUAGACUCCAAAGAUCUAGGUAAAUAUGGACUGAUGUACUACAAUGCCCUAUUCAUGAUUGUUCCUGCAUCCUUAGUGGCUUGGUGGACUGGGGACCUGGAACGUGCUGCUGCCUAUGAGAACUGGGAUGAUGUGUUAUUCCUAACACAAUUUCUGUUGUCUUGUGUCAUGGGUUUUGUUCUAUCCUACAGUGUGAUGUUGUGCACCCAGCACAAUAGUGCCCUGACCACAACAAUCAUUGGAUGUCUGAAAAAUAUCCUAGUUACUUAUUUGGGAAUGGUCAUAGGUGGAGAUUAUGUAUUCUCAUUAUUGAAUUUUAUUGGCCUCAACAUAAGUGUAUUUGCAAGUCUCCUAUACACUUUUGUCACAUUUAAGCGCAAACCAUCACCAGCAUACCAGCCUGUUAAUAUAGUGAAAAUAGAUACUGUAUAGCAGUGCCUCAGACGUAACCCUCAGUGGUCUACCUACUAUGUGUAGUGUCGAACUUUGCUACCAAAGAAGACUGUAAUUGUAAUUUAUGGUGUUGUGAACACUCCAUGAUAGUUAUCAUGUAGAAUACAGAACUGUCAUAAUAAUUAUACUUAAUUAUUACAAUAAUGUGUACAUAAGAGAACUGAAUAAUGUGUAUUAUUCAAUACAAAUGUAUUUAGUUUGCAAUGUAUGAUCCUAAAAUGAUUAAUUUAUUAGUGAUGCAACGAUUAUGAAUAAUUAUAGUUUAUGUAAAAAAGGUAUAAGGUACUUGGUAGUCAUGUCAUUCAUGGCAAUGAAUGCAGAGAUAUAUAUUUUUAAUUAACUGUUUCAAUGUGACCUCCACGAUUUGCGGUUAAUUUUAAUUGCAACUCAUAUAAUAUGACAUUUACCAAUAGGCACCUAAGUAUAUUGACUAUGCAGUGAUUUUUAUUGUUGUCUUGUAUAGAUUUAAGUUACUUAGUAGGUAGUAAAAUAGCGUUAUUAUAGGCAUACUUGUUCUCAAGUUACACUUGUUGCAUCACUGAUACUAAUCAUAAAAUAUCUAAGUUUUCUAAUAGAAUGUACCAUUGUAAGUUAUCAAGGUAACUUUCUUGAGGAUGACUGUAGUAAGUUACUAAAUAUUUU